AUGAAGGCGGCACUACGGACCGGGAGACGGCGGCCGUUCCAGCGGUUUUGCUGCUGUGGGUUCGGAGUGUUGGCAGUCAUAUGGCUCGCACAGGUCCUGCACCUGACAGAGACAGAGUCCGCUGGUUCUGAGCUGGGUGAAGAACUGCAUUUUGACUGGUCCAGACGGACACUGAUGCAAGAUAUAGCUGAGAACCAGACUGCAGAACCACCCCGUGCAGCCAUUCACGAGUUCCCUGAAGACAUCUUCACCAAAGAGCAGCGUAGGAGAGGAGCUGUGCUUCUCCAUGUGCUGUGUGCCAUCUACAUGUUUUAUGCGCUUGCCAUUGUGUGCGAUGACUAUUUCGUUCCCUCUCUGGAGAAAAUUUCAGAGAACCUGCAGCUAAGUGAAGAUGUGGCGGGAGCCACCUUCAUGGCAGCAGGAAGUUCUGCCCCUGAGCUCUUCACCUCUCUCAUUGGUGUGUUCAUCACUAAGGGAGAUGUGGGUGUGGGAACCAUCGUAGGUUCUGCUGUGUUUAAUAUCCUGGUCAUCAUCGGAGUGUGUGGAAUCUUCACGAGGCAGACAGUAGCACUGACCUGGUGGUCUCUCUUCAGAGAUUCCAUCUACUACAUCUUCUCAGUACUCGCCUUGAUCUUGGUUAUCUAUGAUGAGAGAGUUGUCUGGUGGGAGUCCAUGCUCCUCAUAUCUAUGUAUGGAGUCUACAUCCUCAUUAUGAAGUUUAACAGUCAGAUCUGGGGGUUUGUGGAGAGGAGGUGUGGAGGUCCUGGACGGUGUUGCGGCGGAGGAGCUGACAUGCCUCGCGACGAGGAGGCAGGAGAGGAAGGGGCCAACUGCAACACCUCCAUGGUGCUCCUGAGGAAAGGUAAUUCGGGGAACCAGGAGUCUCCGGUGGUCAUGGUGGAUGAGUUGUUAAUCCUGCGUCCUCACCAGUUCUCCUUCUCUGAGGCCAGCCUGCGCAUCAUGAUCACGCCCCACUUUUCACCCCGCACCCGUCUCAGUAUGGCUAGCCGCAUGCUCAUCAGUGAGAGGCAGAGGCUGAUCAGAGAGACGGGAGCGGGCGGAACCCCUGUGAAGACGUUCGGGGCGGGAGGCAUAGAGAACGGAGGGAGUGUGGAGAGACAGACUGCGGAGGAUGGUGUGGAUGGAGAGAGAGGAGUGAAGGGCACGGAGGAGAACGCCCAGCCUGAGGAAGAGGAGGAUGGCGCUGAUGAAUUCUUCAGACCCCUCCAUAUGCCAGACAGUUGCUCCGCCCGGGUAAAGUGGCUGGUAUCCUGGCCCCUGGGUGUCCUGCUGUACUACACUGUGCCAAACUGUGUGCUGCCCCGCUGGCAUCGCUGGUUCAUGGUCACCUUCAUCACCUCCACCCUCUGGAUCGCCAUUUUCUCCUACCUCAUGGUGUGGAUGGUUACCAUCGUCAGUUACACACUGGACAUCCCUGACUACAUCAUGGGCAUCACUUUCCUGGCCGCCGGCACCAGCGUGCCAGACUGCAUGGCCAGCCUCAUCGUCGCCCGCCAAGGGCUGGGGGACAUGGCAGUCUCUAACUCCAUUGGCAGUAAUAUAUUUGAUAUCCUACUGGGUUUGGGUUUCCCCUGGGCUCUCAGAACUCUGGUGGUGGACCACGGAUCGUCGGUGUUCAUCAAUAAUAAAGGCCUGGUCUACUCAGUCAUCCUGCUGCUUGCCUCAGUCUUCCUCACAGUGCUGAGUGUUCACCUGAAUGGAUGGAAGUUGGACAGACGACUGGGCCUGGGCCUGAUCCUUCUCUACGCCGUGUUCCUCCUGUGCUCCAUUCUCUUCGGAAGGCUCUAA